UCUGUUGUUGCGAGAAAGUGAGAAGAACACUGAAAUUUUGAGAGAGACCAGAUAGAAUCCAGAUUACGGAAGAGAAGGGAAAAUGAUUAGGGCAGGUUGCAGGAAAUUUCUAGGGUUGGUGCCCCAGAAGAACAAUCAAGCGCCGGUUUUGGUUCGCCUGUACCAUGAGAGGGUUGUGGAUCAUUACAACAACCCUCGAAAUGUCGGAUCCUUCGAUAAGAAUGAUCCCACGGUUGGGACGGGGCUCGUAGGUGCUCCGGCUUGUGGUGAUGUUAUGAAGCUUCAGAUAAAGGUCGAUGAACAGACAGGGAAGAUUGUUGAUGCCUGCUUCAAGACCUUCGGUUGUGGAUCAGCCAUCGCUUCUUCUUCCGUAGCUACAGAAUGGGUAAAGGGGAAACAAAUGGAGGAAGUCUUAACAAUAAAAAAUACGCAAAUAGCAAAACAUCUCUCACUUCCACCAGUGAAGCUCCAUUGUAGCAUGCUUGCAGAGGAUGCUAUCAAGGCAGCCAUUAAAGAUUAUGAAGCAAAGCGGGGCCAGUCGGGGGAAAAUGGUGCACCUAUUGAGAAAGCUGCUGAUGCUUAAUUAGUAGAUGUACGUGCCAUGGUGGAAAUGGUUUUGGCCGUCAACUACAUUGUCAUAAUAAAUAAUGUAUGAUGUAUGAACCUUGGUGUU